AUGUCCGAAGUCGCCGACGAGAGCCAGUCCAAAGCAAGUCUUACAAGCAGCCAUACCCUCCCGAGAGCAAAGGGCUCUAAAGUCAAUGUCGACCAACAGGGCCGGAGCUUUGAAGACCUAACCUUGGACGACUUGAAGACAUUGCAAGACGCUUCACUGGCACGGCUCAAUACUAUCUUCCAAGAAACAGGAAGCAAGUGCAUCGACAAGAGCCUCAUCCGAACAAUCAACGAGCAGACAGGGUUCUGUUCGAAGCGUCGAUGGUGGCCCCUGAAGGGCAGCAAGAAGGAGCCGAUUGUCCCAGUCUCGAUUUCAAAGUGUCAGCUCGUACGGGCAGUUCAAUUCGCGGGCGUGCCGUAUCAUUCAAGCACCGAAGCCGUCAAUUGUCGUAGAAUACCGAUUCUUCUGCACGAAUGCAUGCGAAAGAUCCGGGAAUCAGGGCUCGGCACAAACGGCCUGUUUCGGAUCAACGGCUCGGAAAAGAGGAUCCAGGCUCUUGCUCAACAAUUCGAUACGGCGCCGACUACUUUCGAAGGCUGUACUAGCUACGAUGCCGCAGAUCUACUAAAGCGAUACAUACGGGAGCUCCCAGAGCCCUUGAUACCCACCGAACUCUAUCCUUUGUUUCUGAAAGCCAUCGACCUUCCCUGUGAAAAGGCGAUGCGAAUCCGAGCCUUCCGAUUCUUGCUGCUACUAUUGCCCCCGCCACAUAUUGUUGCCUUCGAGAGCAUUCUAUGUCUCGUUGGCGAAGUUGCAGCCAGGUCGAGUGAAAACCAAAUGACGGCCCACAACCUCGCGCGGAUCUUUGCCCCAAACAUCCUUCGCUCAAAGCAGCAAAAGCAGUCGCUCGACGAAUACGAGCGAUGCUCCUUUGUGACCGAGUAUCUGAUUGAACACUGGACGCAGUUUUUGCUCACUGGACCGGAGCUCAAGCCCUUUGAAAUCCUGGAUGCCUCGUAUCUGACACAGUUCCCAGGACCCCGGCCUGAGACAGAUACGAAAGCAUAA